UCUUGUAAGUUGUUGUACCUCUUUAAGAAUUAAGCCUAAGACAAAAACUUCAACAAGAAAAAUGGCUGCACACAAAACCAGUGAGUUUCCACCGUUGAUUUCAAUGAUGAUCGUGUUCAUCGUCCUAGAAUCAACAAGUAUCAAUGCAAGAGAAUUACGACCCUCCGAUCACGGUCUUGAGUAUUACUACGAACCAGGCGAGUCAUCGGAAAUGACGUCAUUCUUCGGACCACCUUCUUCAAAUGAGCUUACCUCGUCGUCAUCACCGUCUAGCUCGAUAUUACCGAGUGCGGUGAAAUCUCCAAUGAAGAAGAUGUCGUCAUCAAAAGAUCAGGAUGAUGAUCACGUGAUGAAUCACGUGCUGGUUGUGGGCAGCUUGGUGUGUGGAGUCUCCGGCGUAGCUUUGAUGGUCGCUUCUGCUCUCAUUUAUUUUCUUGGAUACCCGAAAACACAAAAUUCCUCUGUUAAUUGUGAUCACAUUCAUAACAACGUCAAUAAUACCAAGUAAAAUCGUGUUGUUUUUUUUUAUUAUUAUUUGGUUUUGUCUAUAACUUGCUGAAUCGAUUCAAAAAAUAAAGAUGUUA